AUCCAAGCUAAUCCUCAGUUAGAAACUGCUCUCUACGCCAGUUUUCUCCCAUCGCGAGAGAAGAGAAGGAAAACUCUUGGAAAAGAUACAUCUAAAUAAAUCAGCUUUAGCUCUUGCAGAAGGAAACCAACUAAGGCAGGAGAAAAGCAUUAUCACCCAAGUUGCGCACGAUGUGUCAGGUGCAGUCAGAUGUUUGCAGAAGGAGAAGAAAUGUAUCUUCAAGGUACAUCCAUCUGGCAUCCAGUUUGUAGACAGGCUGCAAAGGCUGAGGAAAAAAACAAGGAAACUAGGACUUCCUCUGAGAGUAUUAUUUCUGUACCUGCUUCAAGUACAUCAGGUUCCCCAAGCCGUGUGAUCUAUGCAAAGCUUGGAGAUGAAAUUCUUGACUACAGGGAUUUGGCUGCUCUUCCUAAAAAUAAAGCCAUCUAUAACAUUGACCGCCCAGAUAUGAUCUCCUAUUCUCCAUAUAUCAGUUACUCUUCAGAUGACAGGCAUAGUUAUGGGGAGUCACCUCAGUUGCUCUCUCCAACACCUACUGAGGGUGACCAAGAUGAUAGAUCUUUCAAACAGUACAGGACAUCGAGUCCUAGUUCUGCUGGCUCUCUGGGUUAUGGUCGCUACACUCCAACAUCCCAUUCUCCUCAGCAUUACAGCAGACCAGCUGGUACUCAGACUCUUGGUACCAGUAGCUGCAUCUCCCUGCCCCAACACCCAAGCCUUACAUCUACAUUCAGACAUCAUUACAUCCCUUUCUUCAAAGGCAGUGAAAGUGGUCGGAGCACUCCAAGUUUAUCCAUGUACUCAGACAGCAAAUCUUCACCUUCUGUCUAUCAGCAGGCUCCUAGGCAUUUCCAUAUUCCAGAAACGGGCGUAAAAGAUAACAUCUAUAGGAAACCUCCUAUCUACAAACAGCAUGCAGCAAGAAGAUCAGAAGGGGAGGAUGGAAGUUUGGAUCAAGAUAAUAAGAAGCUGAAGAGCAGCUGGCUCACUCUGAAGGGGGAUGCGGACACGAGAACUAACUCGCCGGAUUCAGACACACGGUCACUCUCUCUAACUCCCGGUGGGGACAGAGAAACCUUCCUGAGGAUGCAGGACAGCAGCACCACCACCACGUACUCCCGAUUUCCUUAUGCUAAAUCUGCUUCUUUACCUGGCUAUGGGAGGAACGGCUUACAUCAGCCUGAAAAUAUGGGACAAUAUGAACCAGACCAGGAUGCCAGUUGGGGCAUGAAAGAGUACAAGGUAAGAAGAGCUUUUCCAGCUCUGGAAGAACAAUCAGAUUCAGCACUUCCUAGCAAGAUUUAUCCUUAUGAAACACUUAUUGUAACAAAUCGAGUUCGUGUGAAAUUGCCUAAGGAUGUGGACAGGACCAGAUUGGAGAGGCAUUUGUCCCCUGAAGAGUUCCAGGAAGUCUUCAAAAUGAGCAUUGAGGAAUUUGAUCGUCUGGCACUUUGGAAGCGGAAUGACCUGAAGAAAAAGGCCCUGCUUUUCUAGCCCCUCCCAAAUAAAAUAUGUGCUUAAUCAAAACAGAAAAUAGUCUUGCCAGAACUAUCACAUGCACUUGCUGUUGAACCAUUGUCCAGCUUCAUUGUGUUAUUAUGUGUCGGGGGAAACGAAGGACAGAUUAUAUGGCAGAGCACUGGAAUACAGAGAAUUUGCUAAUUUUGCAUGACCAGCUGGUUUUGUUGGUAACUCCUGGUCCUACCCGGUUUACAACAUGCAGAUAUCUAGCUUUAAAUUUAUUGUUGCUUGCAGUUAUUGCUUGAUAAAACAGGAGGUUUUGAAAGGAAGAGCAAAAGGUGUAGCUGUGGCAAAGGAAAUUCAUCUAACAUUUUGUUUCAGUAAGUUUUACAGCAGAGAUGCAAGUUUUACAAAAUCAAGCAAGUAAUGAACACAGAAUUCUCCGAGUGGGGAAUCACAUGUUAUUAAAAAUCUGGUAAAAGCCAAAGAAAAGCAUGUCAGCAAGCAAUUACUGCAACUGUUUUAAGUGUGGUACUUUUUAAGAAUGAAAGCAAAACUAUGGAAGCACCUUAAAUCUAGUUCAUAUCCUUUAGACACAAGCUACUAUCUUAAAGGUCGUAUUUGUCUAAAUGGUAACUAGCUAUCUUUAAUUACAACACAAGAGUUUUUAUUUUAUUAAAAAUAUAUUGUGACAUACAACACUUAUAAUAACUAAAAUGUAUAGAAACAUACUUAAAAAUGUAAUCCCAUUCGUCAGGAAAACUAAAGCCUUAUUGAAAACUGGUUUAAGAGUGUAUGGUGCCAGUAAACUGUGUUUUCCUAAUAUUUUGGGAUGUUUGGAGAAUUUUUUUUUACAUUUCAUGCUGAUAAAAAUACCAUGUACUCUUAAUUAUAUGUAGAUAGAUAGGUCUAUCUAUAAAAUAAUUAUUUUCAUUAAUAUAUGUUCUAAAUGAAGGCAUUCUUACUUUCUCCACUUUCUGGCUUUACAUGCUAAGCCAUGAGAACUAUGAUGGCAAUCGGUAGGUGUGGAAAUGGAACAGUUCAGCAUAAAAUGUAACAAAAAAGCUUAAUGUGCUCUAUCAAUAAUAUAUCAAAUUAUAAUCCAAUAUAACUAUUAUAAAUUGCUCAUGCACUAAUAUUUGCAUGUUUCUGUAAAAAUCAAUCUUUAAAAAAAAAAAAAAAAAAACAACUAUGUGAUACCGGUGCAGUACCUUGAAACUUUAUGUUAAACAACAGGCAAAGCUAACAAAAUCUAAGCAUUUGAUAUGAGCGUUAGACCUUAAUAUCUCUUCCAGCUGAAAGACUGUAUUAAGUUUAAUAAUUUCAUAUGGUCAGAAGUACUGUCGCUGACAAAGAAUGUUUUAAAGUGAGUUGCUAGUUUUGUGCAAUGCUGAAAUUGCAUUACAGAAAGGUACAUUUUUCAGCCAUGUGUCAGUAUUCUGUAUUUUUACUGCCUUGAAUGUUUGUACUCACUUCCUACUUCACUAUGUCUUUUUGCAUUUCCUUAAAGUAACUGAUUAAUAUAUGCACUACUACUCACUGGUUCAACUGACCCAGCAUUAGAAAUAUCAUAGCAUUAAACAUGCCUUCUUCCAACUAACUUUCAAAAUCCAUGCUGUUGGAAAUAAAUAUUUUCUCAUGACCUAAAUGUUUUGUCUGAUGAUACAAAUGUUUAAAAAAUCAUUAAAAUUACCACAUAACU